AGGUUAAGAGAGCGCUCUCCUAGUUUCACACAUACUGCCCUUUUUUCUGGCUCUCUCUGCCAUCCUAUCACACACACCACACAAACAUAUAUACACACACAUGUACACUUCUGCACUUGACAAGCUAACAGACAGAUACACACACCAGUGACUGCUAUCUCACGCGCACACACUUACACGCACACCCACAUAACUCUGUCUGUGGACUCUGGCGUUGCUCCCUUGGUUUGCCGUGGUGCGGCGAGUGUGGCAAACGAGAUAUGGAGCGGACUGAGAGGAUUCAAAGGCCCGUCAUGGGCUCGGCAGACUCCUACACGAGCCGGCCUUCGGACUCAGACGUGUCCCUGGAAGAGGACCCCGAGGCUCUGAGGAAGGAGGCUGACAGACAGGCCCUCGCCACGCUCGAGAAAGCAAAGACCAAACCGGUGGCGUUUGCUGUGCGGACAAAUGUCGGUUACAACCCCGGCCCCAGUGAUGAGGUUCCUGUGCAGGGCAUGGCCAUAUCCUUCGAGGCCAAAGACUUCUUGCACAUUAAAGAGAAAUACAACAAUGACUGGUGGAUCGGACGUCUGGUGAAGGAGGGCUGUGAGGUGGGCUUCAUCCCCAGCCCGGUCAAACUGGAAAACACCCGCAUGCUGCAAGAGCAGAGGAUGAGACAGAACCGACUCAGCUCCAGUAAAUCUGGAGGAAGCUCCAGUCUGGACGUUGCCACGGGAACCCGCAGGCCCACCCCACCUGGCACAGCUCACAUGGACAUGUCCAAUGUGGCCUUUGACGUUGACCCCCUGGACCUGGAUGCUGAGGAGCCCCCUGAGUCCCAGGGUGACCCUCGCUCCUCCAAGGGCAUCUCAGGCAGCGUAACAUCCCCUCAGGCCAACGCCCACCGACUGCCCUUCUUUAAGAAGAUGGAGCAUGUUCCCCCCUACGACGUGGUUCCCUCCAUGAGACCCAUCAUCCUAGUCGGACCAUCACUCAAAGGAUAUGAGGUGACAGACAUGAUGCAGAAAGCUCUCUUUGACUUCCUGAAACACAAGUUUGAGGGCAGGAUAUCCAUCACACGGGUGACAGCUGACAUAUCUCUGGCCAAACGCUCAGUCCUCAACAACCCCAGCAAACACACCAUCAUUGAACGCUCCAGUACCCGAUCCAGCCUGGACGUACUGGCGGAGGUGCAGAGUGAGAUCGAGCGUAUCUUUGAGCUGGCCCGCACUCUCCAGCUGGUCGCCCUGGAUGCAGACACGAUCAACCACCCCUCUCAGCUGGCCAAGACCUCCCUGGCUCCCAUCAUUGUCUAUAUCAAAAUAGCCUCACCUAAGGUCCUCCAGAGGCUCAUCAAAUCUAGGGGGAAAUCCCAGGCCAAACACCUAAAUGUGCAGAUGGUGGCAGCAGACAAGUUGGCCCAGUGCCCACCUGAAUUGUUUGACAUCAUCCUGGACGAGAACCAGCUAGAGGACGCCUGCGAACAUCUGGCUGACUACCUGGAGGCGUACUGGAAGGCGACACACCCCCCGAGCAGCAACCCCCCCAACCCUCUGCUGAACCGCACCAUGGCCACAGCAGCUCUGGCCUCCUCCCCCGAGCCUGUCUCCAACCUGCAGGGGCCGUACCUGGUGCAUGGGGAGCAGAAGCGAGACGGGCCUCUGACAGAGUGUGGCGGGAGCGGCACCCUGCAAGACUAUCAGACAGACCUGGGAGGAAAGCCUCAGCAGCAGCAGCAGCAGCAGCAGCAGGCGUACCUGCGCUCUUCUCGGGGCCAGCUGCGGGGGGGCAGCGGCCGGGGGCUUUCCCGGCAGGACACCUUCGACUCUGAGACCCAGGGCAGCCGGGACUCCGCCUACACCGAGGCCGGCGACUCCUGCAUGGACAUUGAGACUGACCCCUAUGAAGAGCCCGAGCCCUACCGAGGGGGAGGGGGCAGCCGCCUCCACCUGGCGCAGCAUCACGGCAGGCAGGCAUCCUGGGAAGACGAAGGUGCCGAACCGGACCAGGAGAACCUGAACCACCCUCCGAUGCCGAGCCAGACGCAGCCACACGGACGCGCCAAGCUGAGGGAGCGCUACUGCCAGGAGCCUGUGGACACCGGGGCCAACAUCAGCCACAACAAGAACCAGGACGACUGGGGGAGGGACGUCUACAUCCGCUGAGCAUCACCACACAGAGGGAAGGAAGCUACUGGACAGACUGAGAGAUGGGGGAAGGGUGGGGAGGGUUUCAGGUAUUGUGUGGGUUGGGGGCCAUGCCAGUCGGGCUGACAAAUAAAUCUGUUUACAUCCCAGUGCAAUGUAAAGAAAAACAGAUGCCAUUCAUCAACUUCUUGCAAUUCAAUUUAUUUAUGUUUAGAAAAAAUUAUAUUGUUCUGUUUUUUGUUUCCUUACUGCAUGAAUAUCAUGUAUUUCUAAACUGACAGCACGAGGACAGUAAUUGUGAAUCUCUGAUUGUGAUCGAUCUCUCCUUUGUAGAGUGUGACGGCCGGUAGAGCUGUAGUCUGUCCUGUCUGUCCUCUGCAGUCUUAAACAGGGUCUAAUGUCAAUGUCCCCACGUACAGCACAGUGUCAGGGUUUCUCUUUACCUUAAUCUCACUCAGUGCUUUUGGAUUUCAGGGUUUCUCCCACACUGAGAUUCAGAAGUUACAAGUCCCUCAGCUCCACGUUCUUAUCACCCAGACCUUAAAAAAGAAAGUUGAUGGAGAAGUUGCCAUAUUUUAACACAACAAUUUAUUGAUGUUGCUAUGUUCAUGCUUGAUAACAACAAAGAGUACACUCCAAAGAUGUUUACUUCUUCUUCCCUGACCUGGUUCAGCCACUGCACCCGUCUGUCUGACCUAGUCCUCCCGUUUCUGUUUUCCUUUUCCCUGUGGGUCCCGAGAGCGCCUUCAGGAUUCAUUUUCUAACGUGGUGCAAAUUCAAAGCAGCACUGCUAUUGUAGUUGUGUGAAUGAAGUGUCCUGCCUUAGUCACUCGCACCCUAAAACAUCCUUAUUUCAAGAAAUCUCCAAUCACAAGUGCCGGAAUGUCUUGCCAAGCCAUGUCCACCCCUGCCACGGUGGGAUGUCUUAACUCUUGUUACUCUCAUCCCAUGUUUGUGUCUCUUCGUGUCUUGUGGCUUCUCUGCACCGUAGCUCAUGUUGUUUUUUUUCCUUUGCACCAGCUUUGUCGUCUGUUUUUCAGGGCUAAUGGUUAUAUAUAAAAAAAGUGCUUGUGUGUGUGGUAAAUCACUCCUGACUUCCACCCGAACAGCUAGCUUUUCUGAUAUUAAAUACCACUUUCUUCUUA